AUGGCGGAAGAUGAUAUUGAAGCUUCUGAUACAUUCUUAUCCACAUGUCUUUAUUUUUUCAUUAUAGUUGGAGCAUUGGCAUUGAUCAGGAGAUACUUCAAAGGUGCUCAAUUCACUGAAAAAGCUUCUGCGAAAAACUUGGUAAUUGUCGUAACUGGUGCCAACUGUGGAAUUGGAUUUGAAACCGUUCGCGAGCUAAAUUUGCGAAAAGGAAAAGUUUAUAUGCUUUGUCGAAAUGAAGAUCGUGCAAAUGAGGCUAGAAGAAAUUUAGUGAAACUUGGUUGCCACUCAUUCCGUCUUCACAUAAUUGAAUGCGAUUUGUGCAAUUUCGAAAGCAUCCGAAAUGCAGCAAAAGAACUACUCGAAGCGGAAGAUCAUAUCGAUAUUCUUAUCAAUAAUGCGGGUAUAAUGUUCCAAAACAAGUUCGAAACUACGAUAGAUGGGCAUGAAAAGACUUGGCAGUCUAAUCAUCUGGGACACUUUUUGCUCACGGAGCUGCUUUUGCCAGCAAUUAAAAAAUCGAAUUCUGGAAGAAUCGUGAACGUUUCUUCAUUGCUUCACACACAUUCGAAACGCAUCGAUUUAUCUAAAGUUGACGAUAAGAAAUAUUUCGGAAGCAUGUCGUCUUAUUGUCAAAGCAAAUUGGCUAAUGUGAUGCAUGCUAGGGCGUUGACUCAUCGAUUGAGAAAAGAAGGAACCCACAAUGUAACAGUGAAUUCGCUUCAUCCGGGUGGUGUUAACACUCCACUUAUGCGCUCCUCCUUUUUUUAUCUUCCAGUCAUUAAGCAGAUUACCGCACCAUUCAGAUGGUUCGUUUUGAAGACUCCAAGAGAUGGAGCCCAAACCUCGUUAUAUUGUGCUCUUAGCAAAAAGGUUGAAGGAGUUAGUGGAAAAUAUUUCAAGGAAUGCAAACUUGCCGCUGAAUCACCACUUGCAACCGAUGAUCAAGCUUGCGAAGAUUUAUAUAAUUAUAGUUUGGAACAGACCGGUCUAUCCAAAUAA